UCACGUUAGCACAGCAGCUAACGCUAAUUACGAGGAAAGCAGUGAAACUGUGGAGAAAAAAUAGAUUAUUUGAACUAUAAAUCAACAACACACACUUUGAGAUGAAUCCCAGAGGACGACUUCUAUUUUGUAACGUUAUUGUAUCUUGCUAACAACCCGUUUAGCCAGCUAACGUUGCAUUAUUUACAGCUAAUAGGUUAAAAGCAGCAAUGUUUACAGAGCUCAACAGCAUCUUGAACACCACUCCUGACAGCUUCACACAGGGGGAAUUUGUCCUGCUCUCCGACCGACGGAGUGAUGCCUCUUUCCUUAUUCACCACUUUCUCUCUUUGUACCUACGAGCACGCUGCAAAGUGUUGUUUCUGGGUUUGGUGCAGUCCUUCAAUCAUUACAGCGCAAUAAGCCAGAGACUGGGUGUGAGCCUCACGCAAGCCAAGGAAAAGGGUCAGCUGGUGUUCUUGGAGGGACUGAAUGAGUCGCUGUCGGUUUUGAUUCCUCGAGAAACCGACACAGGAAGUGAAGCCAUGGGCUUCCUCAGGGAUCCUGCCGUCGGCCUGAAGAGUCUCUACGAGUUUGUCCGGUCCGGUGCGACCAGUUCUGGCGUCGGGGAGCAGGAGGAGUGGGGACCCCCGGUGCUGCUGGUGGACGACCUCAGCGUGCUGCGGAGUCUGGGGGCGAGCGUCGACGCCGUGCUGGACUUCAGCCACUACUGCCGAGCCACCGUCUGCUCCCAGCUGCAGGGCAAUGUGGUGAUGCUGGCGCGCUGCGAUGGGGAAGAAGAGGAGGACGACGGAGACGACGAAGGCUCGGAGAGGCUUCUCAGGGGCCUGACCCACCAGUGUAGCCUCACGCUUCAUGUACAGGGUCUCCCCACUGGCUACUGCAGGGACAUCCACGGGCAGGUGGAGGUGUGCUGGAGGAGGAGACGAGGUGAUGGGCGGUGCACGCACAAGAAACUCUUUCAGUACAAGGUGCACGACAAAGGCGCCUCCUUCUUUGCUCCCGGGACGUCCAGCGCCGUCCUCUAGUUCCACCGUUAAAGCGUCCUCGUUUUUUUGCCUUUUUGUCUCGUUUUACACGCGGCAUCUGACUUAUGUUUUAAUAUCACUGGACAACACACACACACCCACAUAAACACACACGUGCGUGCUGAGCUGUUCUCAGCUGCCGACGUAGCUGGUGAACCGGAUGAAUUCACCAACCGUCUUUUUUUAAUGUUUGGAUGCUCGCCGCGGUGUCAACGACGCAGCACGGGCGCCGGGAGGUCUGGAGGAAGGACGCCGCCAUUCUGCCGGCUGAUAGCUUGCUUCCUCUGAAUCCUUGCCCACUUCUCUUACUUUCAGAUAUUCAAUUAAGUGAAAGGAAAAAUAAAAUGACGGUUGAGUUUGGAUUUAU